AUGAUACUUGGCCCACUAGAGGACUGCGCAGACUCCGUCCGCGCACUAAAGAAGAGGGCGCGUCAAGUUUGCAGCCUUCAGGCAGCCCUAAGCGAACCUCCACUUUGCUCGGACCCCGUAUCGUUUACUUCGGAAGACGCCAAGGGAAUCCAACACCCCCAUUCGGACCCUCUAGUCAUCGACGUUGAACGGGUUUUGGUCGACACGGGAAGUACCGUCAAUGUGAUAUGCUGGCAAACGCUAGAAAAAAUGGGUGUCACGCCGGAACAACUGAAACCCGAAUCUCGCACACUGACGGGCUAUGAUGGGGUCGCCAAACUUUCGAUGGGCGACGUGAAGCUGCAGGUGCGAGCCGGCGGAUUGUCCCGGAAGACCAAGUUCGCAGUCAUCGACGCGCCAUUUUGGGGGUACCGUGGAUAUACGUGA